UUGCGCCGGAAACGUUUUGAACUUGAUAUUUCGAUUUCCCGCGCUUACCGCAACAGUGGUUUCGUAAAAUUUAAGUUUUUUAAACAGAGCCUAAAAUUUAGUGUUUUUAUGAGAUGGUUUUAGUAACAUUUCUGACUUUAACUGACAUUAUCGUGCUGUGAACAUAAAUUUACUGUUGAAUAUACAUGAUCUGGUAACACAUGUACUCGACGUCGAGAAACGCAGCCUGCUGGCUAGCGACUUUCUUAAGUGUUUUUGUAACAGGGGAAAUGCCAAUACAAGCGGAAGUUGAGCCCGAGUUCCUGCAGGCGUUGGAAAACCACACUGUCACCCAGGGCAGAGAUGUGCAUUUUACCUGCGUCGUCAACCACUUGUCCAAUUACCGGGUUGCAUGGAUCAAAUCUGACUCUAAGGCAAUCCUUGCAAUCCACACAAACAUGGUCGCUUUGAAUCCACGUUUAUCAGUCACGUACAACAACCACAAUACAUGGAAACUGCACGUCAGCAAUGUUCAAGCAAACGACUCCGGGACAUACAUGUGCCAAGUUAAUACUGACCCCAUGAAAAGUCAGAUGGGUCACCUUUCCGUGCUUAUACCACCUGACAUCGUAGACACGGCGUUCGAAGGCAGCUCAGCUCGAGAAGGUGGUAACAUUCGUUUGACCUGCACAGCCACUGGUGUUCCAGCACCCACAGUUAUGUGGAGAAGGGAACACAAUAAGCCGAUCGUCUUUCGACAUGAUGGAGGAAGGGAGAAAAAAGUGGUUCAAACACACAAAGGCGAGAGUUUGGAGUUAUCUUACGUGCAACGUAGCGACAUGGGUGCUUACUACUGUAUAGCUAGCAAUGGCGUACCGCCCACCGUCAGUCGCCGAUAUCACGUGCAAGUGCAUUUUAUACCUCAAGUGAAAGCGGCCCUGCAACUGGUAGGUGCACCACUCGGCAGUGAAGUUGAGCUGCAGUGCUACAUAGAAGCAUCUCCAAAGGCAAUGAACUCCUGGUACCGUGAAGAUGCUCUAGUAAGCGACAAGCUACUCGAAAAUCCAAAGUUUCGUAUAACGGAACGUGCAGUCAACGAAUAUUCUUUAUGGAUGAACUUGACUAUAAAGUCUCUAGCGAUCGGCGAUUUCGGGACUUACGUGUGUGCCGCCGUUAACGCGCUGGGAAAGACGGAGAGCCAAGUCAGCUUACAUAAAAUAGAUGUGAAUCUUAACCGGGAUGGGCCCAUGGUGUCUGGAGCGGCGUGGCAGCGUGCGAAGAACCUGCCAGCUAGAGCCAGAGCUUCUCCAUCACAAUACAUCACGCAGCAUCUCAUCCAAAUACACGCUGUAUUCACAACACUAAUUAGAUACUAUAGACCUAUAUAAUUAAAUAUCUAUUUAGCCCUUUAUAGUUGUGAAUAGUUUAAGUUAUGAGAUAUUUAUUAAAUUUAGUAAAGAUUAUAAAGAAACAGGUCUUCCUAUCAUACCAAUUGGCUCCGUCUCAUCGGAUCUAUUCUAUAACAACCACAAACCACUAUAGUUGUUGAGUACAGUACAAUGAAUCCAAACAUACCUUUACUGAAUAGAGGUUUAAUGUAAGCACUAUAUCAAUAUUUCGAUGAAAAGUAUAAAACUAUAAAUACGACUACAUAAACAACUUUACAUUCAACAAGAAACAAAGUUGUCUAUAUAUCUAUAUCUCCAGAAUAAUCCAUCCACUACAAGACCACUUCCUCGACCAUAUUUUAUGAAAGUAAAUAUCUGAUCUACGACAAGCAAUGACAGUAAAGCGAGCAUAACGAUGCCUACUGAUGAAAGAACUAAACCACAUAACAAGAAAAAAAACAAAUAAGUCUCAAUUAAACCCCACGAAAUAAAGUGAUCUCCCGCGCUUAAAGAAACUUACCCUUAAACGAAUAUUAUUGAAAUAUAACUAUUAUUAAAUGUAUGAAUUCUAAAAAAAAUCCUUUUGAUCGGAGCCUUGACAUCCACGAGUAAAUUUAUUUGCUACAAAAAAACAGAAGCUAUAUAAAUGUUAAUUACUUUUUAAUUUUUUCAAGCGGAUAAUGUCGAGUAAGCUGUCCUCAAAGAAUUGUAGUCAUUAAAGUGUGUUUAAAACGUUUCUCUUUAGAUAGGGUCCUAAAUAAAUUACUUACUUCCUAUCUAACACUUUUUAUGAUGCCAAACAUUGUAAUCUUGUAAUAGUGUAAGUUGUAAAUGUAAUAAAAUAUUAUUAAUAUAACUUAU